AUGGAUAACUCAACAUUAUUCAACGCAACAACUGCCGAGUUACCGGUAGAAGCAUCAAGGACAACGCUAAAAUUGAGCCUGUCCAUCGCUUACAUCAUUCUUUUUCUAGUUGGGACCAUUGGAAACGGGAUCGUCAUAGUGAUGAUAAUCAAUGUGUUGACGUCAAUGCGGAGGACAUCAUUACGUUUAUCUGUAGUCGAUCUUGUCGUCAUACUUCAUCUACCGUUCCUCGUCGUUGAUCUUUUGAAAGGUGAAUGGCUUUUUGGAACUGCAAUGUGCAAGCUGUACUGGUUUGGAGAAAGCAUCAGCAAGUUGCUGAGUUCUUUCGUUAUGACAGUACUCAGCUGGGAUCGAUACUUAGCGGUUUGCAGUCCCGUCAAAUCCAUGAGGAUUCGGAGCAACUGUGUCGCAUUGCUGGUGCUGCUGAUCUGCUCUCUUCUCGCCGUCAUCCUGCUGCUCCCCGUACUUAUUCAAUCAACGGUCUUCAAAAUUGACAAAAUGAGCAUGAUGCCAUUACAGGACGACUCUGACGAACAUCGAUUGUCAGAUCUUCAUGGUACAACUAUAUCGAAAUGUGUGUUCGACUCGGACGCAGUGUUUACUAUGUAUACUUUCAUGAUAGGAUUCGCUUUUCCUGCAAUUCUUAUCACGUUGUUUUACUCGAGAGUUAUAUGCAAGGUGCAGAAGUCCUCUCGUAACAUGCGUGGAGCGCGUACGAUCCCUGAACAGGGGAAAAAGGACAUCCCCAGCCAUCGUGUUCAGCAGGUAACGAAACGAAUUGUGGCAGUGAUUCUGUUCUACUUUCUUUGCUGGACACCUCAGUGGACGCUGAAUAUUAUGACACAAUUUAAUCUUAUUCAUGUUUCAUGGAUGACACCCGCACUUUCGGCAAUGUUUUUCGUAGCUCACCUCCUGGUGUGUUUCAACUCAGCUGCGAAUCCCGUACUGUACGCAUUAAUCAAUCGAGAACUUCGACAACAACACGUGAUGGCGAUGGCUAGGAAACGACAGUCGUUCACACACGCUACGCAUGGAGCUCUUGAGAUUUCGCAUAACCUGCCGAGAGGGUCUGCCGGUGGAGUGAGUGUUGUAUCGCUGGAGUUGAAACGGAACACACUAUGGGAGCGCAUAACGAGACGCCUUGCUGAACUCAGGACCUCGUUACUGCGGGCGACUUCGAAAAAGCCAAAAUCCCGAUCGCCAUCGCAUGGAUCUGAAAUAUCUGCUGAACCACUGAAGGAGUCGCUACUUGUCAUCCCAACGCCGUCAGCUACCCCAGCAGCGGAAGUACCAGAAAUCACGGUGACUGAUAAUGAUGACUACCUCUGA